UUAAGUUCAAUUGAGAAAAGAGAGAAAAUGAGAAAAGUGUCGCGUUUAAUUGGCAAGAAGCGGGGCGCAAGUAAAACGCCAAAAGAUGCCACCGGCUACAAUGCAUUCGUGCGACCCGCCGUUGCAAGGAGUGCUGGGGCAGCAGCUCCACUUGCCGCCGUUCACAACUAUGGCAAAUCGGUGAAGACAAACCCAACGGGUGCUGCGAGCGUUGCGACCAAUCCGGCAGCUGGCCAAAUACAAUAUGCGGCACUGAAUCGCUUGCGUCAUAGUCAAAAACCUAAAGCCACGCCCACUUCCCGGAGUAGAAGGCGUUGGUUGCGCCUCUGGAGCGGCUGUUGGAGUCGACACCGACGUCGACAGCGACGCCAACGCAGCUUCACCAAUUAUUGGCCUAAGAAAAGCAAACUGAAAUCUUGUUUAAAUUGGGCCAAGUGUUGUGGCUGCUGUUGGCGGCGCAAUGCAACCGGAACUAGCUAUCACUACGACUCCGAGGAGGUUGAAGAGGAGGAGGAGGACGAUGACAUAGAUGCCAAAGUGGCCGCCUACAUCCUGGAAAUGAAGCAGCGCGAACUGUCGCAAAAGGAAGCCAAGGUCGCUGCCGAGGAGCUCUCGCGUUCGCCAGUGAUUGGGCAACGUGCAACAGAUGCUGCCGCUGGAACCGCCUCCAGUCCGAUACAGUCGCGCGCCUCCAGCGAGGCGUGGCCAGCGCAGUCGGAUGAGGACAUCGAUCGUCUGGUGGCCAUGCAUCAAAAUCGCAGCAGUCUCAGCUCUCUGGGCGUGCGCUCGGAGUCGAUGGCCAGCGUUUAUUCGGGCGCCGGCGAAGGUCGCUAUGGCACCGUUGUGGUCAAGGGUCAAGUCGAGUUUGGCAUGCAGUACAACUACAAGCUGGGCGCCUUAGAGAUUCACGUGGUGCGCUGCAAGGACCUGGCAGCUGUGGAUGCCAAACGCAAUCGCAGCGAUCCCUAUGUGAAGGUUUAUUUGCUGCCUGACAAGUCGAAGGCUGGCAAGCGCAAGACCAAAGUCAAGAAGCACACUUUGAAUCCCAUCUUUGAUGAGACGCUGCGUUUCCAUACGCCCAUCUCCAGCUUGGAGUCGCGCACCUUGUGGCUAACUGUUUGGCACUCGGAUAUGUUUGGGCGCAACGAUUUCCUCGGCGAGGUCAGCGUCAAUCUGCAGGGUCGCCUCUUCGACAAUCCACAGUCGCAGUGGUAUCUGCUCCAAGAACGCAGCGAACCAUUCGAUGAUGUGGCCACUUAUCGCGGCGAUAUUGUUGUGGGCUUGAAAUAUAUACCGCCCGAGAAUCUGAAAUCAUCGAUUUUCUCGCGCGGCUCCAGCUUGACGGGCAGCUCAUCGAAUCUGCGCAAAUUUGGUGGCAGCAUCAAAUCGGUGGCAUCCAAAUCGGAUCGCAGCAUCAAAGGUGGCCAGCUGCAUGUGCUGGUGAAGGAGGCAAAGCAUCUCAGUCCCAUCAAGACCAACGGCACCUGUGAUGCCUUCUGCAAGAGCUACUUGCUGCCAGAUCGCACGCGCAGCUCCAAACAGAAGACGCCGGUGGUGAAGCGCACCUUGCAUCCCAGCUGGAAUUAUACGUUUGUCUAUGAGGAUGUUUCGCUGGAGGAUUUGUCGGAGCGCGCCCUCGAACUAACCGUUUGGGAUCAUGAUCGUUUGGCCAGCAAUGAGUUUGUGGGCGGCAUACGCUUCUCCCAAGGCACCGGUCGCAGUUAUGGACGACAGGUGGAUUGGAUGGAUGCCACUGGCAAGGAGCUGUCACUCUGGCAGAAUAUGCUCGAUCGUCCCAACUUUUGGGUGGAGGGCAGUCUGGUGUUGCGCUCCAGUUUGGAUGGCAUACGUACCACAUUGCCAUAGGCAUAGAGUUGCCUUCCACACAGAUUGCAUUGUAGUAAUUUAUUGCCUAGCCACACCCACAAAAUUACACACCUAACUAUACAUAUCCCCAUUGUUGCAGUUAGAGUUUUUGGAACCCCCUCCCCCCCAUCCAACACACACACACACACACCUAUAUUGUAUUGUAUUUGUAUUGUAUUGUGUUGUACUGUAUUAAUUAUGUAAUAGCUACACACACACACACAUAGGAUUCAAAGGAUGACAAAGCAUUACUAGAAACUUAAGCAUGAAUGAAAUUCAAUAUGUUUACAGAUUGUAUCGAUUUUUAUUAUCGAAACUUAAGCACGCAAUUUAGAACGAUUUAGAAAGAUUUUCAAUACUCGAAUAUGGCGGACAGAUAACUAUAUAUAACUAUAUAUCUGGGCAAGCAUCAGCAUUAGCAUUGGCAUUGGCGAUGACACUGCAAAAAUUAUCUAUAUUGUAUUGUAUAAUGUUUAAGCAGCACAAUGUUCAAAUACGAAAAAACAAA